UACGGAAACUUCAUUUGUGGCUCCUAUCAGGAUCGUUAUACACGGUCUUGCUCAGGCUACACUGGCCCUAAAGGACUGUCAGGGACUUGAAGGUAGGAAGUGUGUGCCUCAUUCGUCUUUGGAACCCCAGAGUCGAGCAGUGUUUUCAGGGCGAAAACAAGACGGAAAGCGAACAGUUAGGGAAUCCCCACAGAGCUCUAGGUACUUCGACCACUGCUUUCCAGGGUGGUUAUUCCAGCAGGGGUCAGAAGCCGAGACUCCAUCCGUUCCCGGGGCAACGGGACUGUGACGCAACGCAGCCACGGGUCCGCCCUCGAGGGAUUAGGCUGCGAGUUUAGGAACGAAUUAAGCGAGCGAGAAUUAGAUCCUCUGAACGCGGAACACCCCGCACGACCGCACCCCUUCAGUGCCGCCGCCCGCACGGUGGCUUCCGGGCUUUUAGGGUCGCCCAGUUCUAGGAACGACAACUUCCGGCCGCGAAGGUCCCCCGCUCCGUGGCUUGCCGGGGUCCUAGCGAAGGAAAGGUGGCCGCGGCGGCCGCCUGACCCCUCACGGAACACGGCGACAAGGGCUGCUGCCUUUUCCCGGGAGGCGGCGGCGACAGGAGCGCUGAGAGGAUCCGCACGCCGGCGGAGCUCGUCCAGGGAAGAGAAUUAGGUCGGAACGCGGCGUGAAGUGCGGACCCGGAGUGGCCCGUCAGGCGGGAGCCGGGCAGGUGCUGGGGCGGAAGUGCGAAGACGCGGUCGGAGCGGAGCCGUCUAGGAAGCGCCGGCCGCGGGUCACCCAACCUGGAACGGCGGCCGCGCUACAGCCAGACCGCAGCGAUUAGGGCUCGGGGACGGCAAGAUGCCUCUGUUCACCGCUAACCCCUUCGAGCAGGACGUGGAAAAAGCCACAAAUGAGUACAACACUACAGAAGAUUGGAGUCUUAUCAUGGACAUAUGUGACAAAGUUGGAAGCACUCCUAAUGGAGCAAAAGAUUGCUUAAAGGCCAUAAUGAAGAGAGUAAAUCAUAAGGUUCCUCAUGUUGCUCUGCAGGCAUUAACUCUUCUUGGGGCUUGUGUGGCAAACUGUGGAAAGAUAUUUCAUUUAGAAGUAUGUUCCCGUGAUUUUGCAACAGAAGUACGUGCUGUGAUAAAAAAUAAGGCUCAUCCUAAAGUAUGUGAAAAACUGAAGUCUUUGAUGGUAGAGUGGUCAGAAGAAUUUCAGAAGGAUCCUCAGUUUAGUCUGAUAUCUGCAACUAUUAAAUCUAUGAAAGAAGAAGGAAUUACUUUUCCUCCAGCAGGUUCUCAGACUGUCUCAGCUGCUGCCAAGAAUGAUACAUCAUCGAACAAAAACAAAGAAGAUGAAGACAUAGCUAAAGCUAUUGAAUUAUCAUUGCAAGAGCAGAAGCAGCAGCAUGCAGAAACAAAAUCCUUAUAUCCCUCUGCAGAAAUUCAGUUAAAUAAUAAAGUUGCAAGGAAAGUGAGAGCUUUAUAUGAUUUUGAAGCCGUUGAGGACAAUGAACUCACCUUUAAACAUGGUGAAAUUAUUAUUGUUUUGGAUGACAGUGAUGCCAAUUGGUGGAAAGGAGAAAAUCACAGAGGAAUAGGACUCUUCCCAUCUAAUUUUGUAACAACUAAUUUAAACAUAGAGUCUGAGGCAGCAGCUGUGGACAAAUUGAAUGUAAUUGAUGAUGAGGAGGAGGAAAUUAAGAAAUCAGAGCCUGAGCCUGUUUAUAUAGAUGAGGAUAAGAUGGAUAGAGCCCUGCAUGUACUCCAGAGUAUUGAUCCAACAGAUUCAAAACCAGACUCCCAAGACCUCUUGGAUUUAGAAGAUAUCUGCCAACAGAUGGGUCCAAUGAUAGAUGAAAAACUUGAGGAGAUUGAUAGGAAGCAUUCAGAAUUGUCUGAAUUGAAUGUAAAAGUCUUGGAAGCCCUGGAACUAUAUAACAAGUUGGUGAAUGAAGCACCGGUAUAUCCAGUCUAUUCAAAGCUCCAUCCUCCGGCACAUUACCCCCCUUCAUCAACCGGGAUUCCAAUGCAGACAUACCCAGUUCAGUCACAUGGUGGAAACUAUAUGGGUCAAGGCAUUCACCAAGUCACUGUUCCCCAAAGCUAUAGCAUAGGACCAGAUCAGAUUGGUCCACUGAGAUCUCUGCCUCCAAAUGUCAAUUCCUCGAUGACAACACAGCCUGCACAGACUCCAUAUUUAAGCACUGGACAAGACACUGUUUCCAACCCUGCUUACAUGAACCAGAACUCUAACCUUCAGUCAGCUGCUGGUACUGCUGCUUACACACAGCAGAUGGGAAUGUCUGUGGAUAUGUCGUCUUACCAGAACGCUACUUCUUCCAGCUUGCCACAACUGGCCGGCUUUCCAGUGGCAGUUCCAGCUCAUUCAGUCGCACAGCAGCAAACAAAUUACCAUCAGCAGCCUCUUCUUUAGAACAAACCAAGCAUUUUCUUGAAAGCCUUCAUAUGUGUAUUACUUGACCCUUGUGAUUCUAAUCUAAAAAUAUUAAAAGGAAAAAAUUUUUUUCUCAACUCAAAAAAAUCAUGAAUAAAUAAAGCACAAAAACUUAUCUUACUGUGCUAGGCCAUGAAGGGCUUUUUCAGUCCAAUUUGUUUGAAGUGCAACUUUGAUCAGAGGCAGCUUCAGAUAGCUUCCAGUUAAUUUUGUCUUACUUUCAAAUCUCUCUACGCAAAUCUGGACACCCAGUAAGUAGCCUUAUGACACUAAAUAGCAUGAGCUAGGAGUAUGAAGUUUUUGCUUUAAAGACACCACUGUUUAUCCCUAAAACAUCAUGGUAACUGGGAGAGCACCAAAACCUUUGAGUAUUUUUUUUUUUUUUUGUCUGCUUAUUUUUUUCAGUGUCCGCCACAAACCAUUAUUUUAAAAAAGGCAAACUUCUUUUUGGGUGAGCAUUUAGUUUGCCAGCAUAUUUCCCUUUGGUUCCUUAAAUUGCAGUUGUGUUUGCAGUACUGUCAGUUUUGCUCUCUUUUCUGUUGAGUAAUAAUUAGCAUAUAAUUGUCUAUAGAAGCAAGAGCAAUUUGGAAGGAACAAAAAUGUUUUCUGUUAUUAACGUGAAGACUGUAGAAAUGCAGAUGUGUGCGAUUAAGUGUUUAGCUACUUCCCUGUCAUGGCGGCUGUGGGCUAAGGAAUGCCCCACAAAACAUUUCCAUUCCCUGAAGACAAACGUUUUUCCUACAAGGCUCCCUUGUAUUUAGUAUUGCCACUAAUGACCUUCUAAAGUGACCUUCUAAAGUGACUUUGGCCAUUCUCUAAUGAAAAUAAUAAGGUCCCCUGUUUUCCUUCCUGAAGUGUGGUGUGCAGAGAUGCUGCAUUUUCUUUUUACGGAUUACUUGUCAAUUUGACCCUUGAGACAUUCCUAGUAAUUUGAUGUGAUAUAUCCCAAGCAUGAAUAAUAAGUGUGUUUUUAUAGAUGUGUUGUUCAAGUACCAUUGCUAUGCCAGGCUAUUGAGAAAUUUGGCCAUUCCUUUCAGAGAUAAUUCUAAGCCUGUGGGAUUGAUAGGGUAGCUAUCAGGACAGUUUUUCUGAAGUCUGCAUUUUAUAAAUUUGCAGUGCUAAUAGAUUCCAUAUACUAUAGGAAUUACGUAGUAAACCAGUAGGGAUUGUUUUCUCCUAAAAAUACAUACACUACUGCAUCAUCUACCAACUUGUUAGAUAACGCAAAAUAGAAGAUGGCGAAUAUAUAUGCUUACAGAUACACGGUACUUAGACUGGGAGAAACAAAGGACAUAAGUGAAGUUACUUGCCUGGGAGCAAGAUUUCUAAAUUGUUUUUUAAAGAGAACCCUUAAUCUUUCUGCUAAGAAUCCAUUUGAAGACAGUGCUCUGAAAAUUUUUGUCAUUUAUCUAUUUACAGAAAUUUAAUUACAAGUAUGUUCUUUUUCCAAAGAAACUGUGUCCUAGAAUAAAAUAGUCUAUAUACUACUUGGUCUACAUUUAAAGGAAAAAAACCAACAGUAUUUGGAAGCCCAGUUUCUAUCAUUGUCUUAUUUCAGAUAUAAGUAACUGAAAAAGUUUUAACCUUGAAUGUCUCAUAUUCUUUUUUUCACCCAGUAUUUUCCUCCCAUGUGAAUUCAAUUAUAUAUUUACAAAAAAUGCUAAAAGGGUACCUUAUUUUUUGGAAAUGAAUCUUCUGUUCUUUAAAGAAAAAACAUAAAAAGCAUUUAUAAAGCUGCUCUUGAUAAUGUUGGCAUAUAUAUAUCAAAAAUCUUACAUCUUUUCCUCCCAGUGUUUAAUAAGGUUAUUUUAAUGUUUGUGUAAAUAUUUCAUGUAUAAUUGUGAUCAGAAUUGUAAAAGCUUAACUUGAGUAAGUCUUUGAACUAGUAUAAAUACUGUACACCCGCUAAAUUGGGAUCAGCCAAUUAAGUUCACCAAAUGUAGUUUUGGAAUAAUAUAACAUGCGACAUGUAUAUAAAUCGUGUAUAUUGGCAUUUAUCUGUGAAAUUUUAUACAUCCAGAAGUUUCUUCUCCCUCUUAAAUUAAAAACAAUUUUAUUUUGGCCACACUGUAAUGAAUUUUGUGUUGCAGGUUGUCAGUAGUAUAAAAUGUUAUUAAAUCUGUGUACUAAGAUGGUAUUUUUUGUGUUAAUAGGAAAUAACAGGGUUGUUAUUUUUCUUUCUUUUCCAUGAUCUUAUGGGUUGUAUUUAUUUUAAGACCUCUUUAUAAUUAAAUGUUUUCUGCCAAAGGAAUUGUCUAAUAUCAGAUUUCUACACUGGGUUCAUACUUGCUGUUUUAUAAAAAAAAUAAAAAUAACUUCUAUUUCAUAUGAAAUCUUGAUACAUUAGAAAAAUUUUCUGAGAAUUUAUAAUAAAAUUACUUUUCAUCAAUGUAGAAAGAAUUUCCCUUGGGUGUUAAAAUACAGGAAGUAGAUUAUGGUCUUGUAGUUUGGAAAAUGUACAGUCUGCCAACAUUGUCUUAUAAUUUGGUAAUCUACAAAAUUACCUGAACAUUAAAUAAUUAUACUACUUAUCAAUUAGGAUUUGAAAUUAUUUGCAAGUACAUUGUCCUCUGAUGUUAUUUCAAGGAGUUGAUACUUGACCACAUAACAAAUUUUCACUAUGUUUUACAGAGGAUUUAUAAAGUUUCACCUUCCAGAUUUUUUAAACAUUUAUUUUGAAUGUUCAAAAUAUUAUGGCUUUGGUAUUUUUAAAAUUUCUCGUAGAAAUCGCAAGUGUCUAGUCUUUUGGCUUCUGGGGAGGAUUUACUGAAUUGUUAUGAUGAGAAAGCUCAAGUUAUUUUUAUAAGUAAUAAAUUAUAAAUAAUAUAGCAUCAAUCUAUCAUGCUUUGUUUCUGUGAGAAGACAUUUUUCUUAUUUACUUAUAUCAGUCUUAGUCAAUAAAUAAAGGGAGGACUCAAUUCUAGGGAUUUAAUUUUUUUGUUGUUAGUACAAUUUAGUUUCUUUUGGAGAUUAAAGAUUUAGAUUUUUUUCAAGUUUUUUUCCCAGAAGAAUUAUUCUAAUUUUACCAAGCUAAAUUUGAGUUAGUUUUCUAAAAACCUUACUGUGUCAAAAAGAGAAAUUAUGUUGCUUCUUACAAAGUGUAGUGGGAGGAAUCGUGUGCCCCCCCCCCCAAAAAAAAAUUCAUGUUUGCCUAGUUUGUCAGGAUGUGACCUUAUUUGGAAAAAGACUUUGCAGAUGUAAUUAAGGAUCUUGAGGUGAGAUCAUCCUAGAUUUAAGGUGUCCUUUUAAAAGAGAAAACACACAGAUUACACAGCAAGCGGGACCUGUAAAGAUAGAGACAGAGCCUGGAGUGAAGGUGCCACAAAUCAGAGAUGGCUGGGGGCCACCAGAAGCUGGAAAAAGCGUGGAAGGAUUCUCCUCUAGAGCCGUCAGAGAGAUCACAACUUAGCUGAUACCUUGAUUCCAGAUUUCUGGCCUCUAAACAUGAGAGAGAAGACAUUGAUGUUGUUUCAACCCUAGGAAACGAAUAAACACGGAUAAAAGUGUACAGCAAACUCCUGAGUACCAACGAUUUCAAACAUAUAAAAUUGGUUAAAUUUGUUACGAGAAUUUGGAGACAAAUGUCUGUAGUCCAGAAGUAGCAGUCUUAUCUUUUCUAAAUUCUAAUGAAAUUGCAUGGAUUAAUGAAAGAUCCCUGUUGAUUCCAUUAUCCCAUUUUUACUUUUUUUUUUUUUUUUUUUACAUCACAUCUCAGUAAUUUCCUAUGCCAGAGAAGUUAACAGGAUGACAAUUUAUGCGUUUUCUAUCCAGUCUUCUAUCUUCUGUCUACCCACUCUUCUGUAGUGGGUAUUGACUGGACUGAAGAAAUGUUUAAAGGCAGGCAGAGGAACAGAAGAAACAAAACUGGUGGGUGGGUAUUUGCAACAAAGGCUACCAAAGAAUGGAGUUUGCUUUUCUUAUUUUACACCAUUUGCUGCCCUGAUAAGGAAAAUAAAGGCUUUCCAAUACCUAUUCAGCAGGUCUUUGACCUCUACUGAUUACCUGUUGGUCUAGGGAGCUGGCUACCUUUUUUUAAAUACUGAAAUGAACUCACAUAAAACUAGCUGUUUUAAAGUGAAGAACUCAGUAGCAUUUAUUAUAUUUACAAUGUUGUACAACCACUACCUCUAGUUCCAAAAUUGACCUUUUGUGUCUGCUCUGACUUACCAGAUAUUUUUUGAGCUUUAACUCCACAUAUACCACAGUGUGUGUGUGUGUCUGUAUGCCUUCGCACAUGUGCAUGUUUCAUAUUACCACAGUUUAUCCAUUCAUGUGUUGGAUACUUGGGUUGUUUUCAUCUUUUGGUUAUGUGCAUAGUACCACUAGGAAGGUGUGUAUAUGUAUUUGAGUACUAGUUUUUAGUUCCUUUGGCUAUAUAUAAGGGUGGAAUUAGUGGGCCAAAUGACAAUUCUAUGUUUAAUUUCUUGAGAAAUUACCAAAUCUCGCAGCUGAACCAUUUUUAUAUUCCUGCCAACAGUGCAGAAAGAUUCCAAUUUAUGUCCUCACCAGCACUUAUUUCUAAUUUUAAGAAAUUCUAGCCAUCUUUGUAUAUAUGAAGUUGUACCUCGUGAUUUUUAUUUCCAUUUCCCUAAUGAUAAAUAAUGUUGAGUGUCGUUCAUGUGCCUUUUGGCCACUGUAUAUCUCUUUGGAGAAAUAUCUGUGUAAAUCCUUUGCUCAUUUUUUAACUGGGUUGCCUUUUGUUGCACUGUAAGAAUUCGUUAUGUUCUGGAUACUAGACCUUCAAAUAGAUGCAUACCUUCAAACACA